AAGUUUGUCAAGGCAAAGUUUGACUAAAAAAGGAACAAAAUAACAUUUCCGGCAUUAUCGUACAAUUCACGGUCUGCUGUGCUGUAUCUGCAUGAUUGUUGGCAAAAUGUUUUAAAACAACCAGAAUGACUUAAGGCUGUGUUUUCAUAGGGAAGAGCAAAAGCAAAGUAGAUCUAUUCCUUUUUUUAUUGAAGAGACCCAGUAGUAGAACAACACCAUUAUGUUCUAUAAAUAUUGAAAAUGUGUACAUUUAUAUGUUUAACCAUAACUUUGUAACCAAUAGCAGCAAUAUAAAUAAAAUCGUGUAAAUCAGUUUUUAACAUAUUGCUACUUUAUUUCAUUAUGUUUACAUAGAACAAACCACCCAAAAAUACCUUUGCUUGAGACACAGCUGUAAACAAAUUACAACCAAAAAAUGACAAGAUAAAAUACAAGAACACACAAGGAGAUUCAUCAUGAGAAAAGACCCGUCUCUGUAGGCCUGCCUUUUAUUCCACCAACAGUAUAAUACUAGUGUGAAUGUUCGGUAUUUUCAGUUUAAUUGAAAAUAUAGAUGAGGUAUAUUUCAAACACAGCGUCCACUCAAAUCUAAACUACUGUCCCAUUAAAAUGAUUUAUGAUCAUUUCUCUGCUUACAUUACAGGCAGGACCUACUUUCAGUCUCUGUGAAAAAGAAGUGCAUAUGGGUUGAGCUCUGUCAUAUGUGCAGACAAACAGCAGAGACAUGACAAGUCGGAGACGAAGAAGACCACCUCUCGCAAGUUAACAAUGGAAAUGUGGCUGAAACUGUCGACUCUGCUGUUACUCACAGCCCUGGGGAUAUCUGGUCAAGCACCUGUGAUUCUGGAUGAAACGCAAAAAAACAUGGAAAUUGCUUUUGGUUCCUCUGUGAUUUUCCGAUGUGGUUUGAAGAACAAGACCCAUAGAGUUUGGGUAAAAUGGUAUUUCAACCCGUUUGGAUCUUCAUUCAAUGAAUCACACCAAUUCUGUAACAAAUCUGUAAAGCCCUCCACCGCUAACCAAACAAAUCAGGACCCGAGGGACGAAGAGCAAUGUUGCAUUAAAUCAAAUGUAACACACCAGGACAGCGGAUGGUACUUUCGCGAAGUCAAAAUAGAGAUUCCCACACUAACCUCUUAUUACAGCAUCGGAACAGAAGUAAUUAUUUCGCAGAGCAAGGAACAUACAACGCACCCGUCACUAACCCUAGUGACAGGCAAACAAGCUACUGUGCCUCACGCAGACAAACUCUCGCUCAUCGACCGCUGGAUGUGGAUCCUGUUGGGGGUAUCUACUUUCAUCCUGAUUGUCCUGCUGGUCCUAUGUGUCUUGCUGAGAAGAAGACUCCGCAGAAGCAGAGGAGAAGAUCCUAUCUAUGCAAACACUCGUCCUGUGGCCAACAAACAACCUUCACCUCGGCCGGCGAUGGCCGUGGGCAACCUGAAGACGGCUUCUUCCUCUCAAAACCUCCGGAACCCAAGUCCAGGCAGGAGAUACGACGAUGGCAAACAGAGAUACAAACAUUGAAGAAAUCAUGGACCUCACACCCCCUCCUCACAUUUAGCUACGGCCUUUACCUGUAAAUGAACGGCCUUUUUUUAUUAUCAUAAUGUUUCCUGGUGUCAUGUGUUUUUGUGGUACAGACUGGUACAGAAGUGGAAAUGUAUGUAGCCUUCUUUUCGGAUAUUUGCUGUAAAAUAAAUAGCUAUUAUGAGCCACUAGGUGGCAGAUCAGGCUAUCAAUGGAUAGGCUACAUUCAAAAUGGUCUUUUUUCUUUUCUUUUGUUUGUAUUUAAACUCCUAAAAGUAUUAGAACAUGUUGCCAACAGCAGCCUUUGUAUAGUAAAUAAGCAAAAAGUGCUAUUGUAAAUUGCUAUUUCUAGUAUGACUUUCAUAUGGGAAUGAGAUGUUAAUGUUUUUUUUUAUCAACU